CCCAUUUUUCGUCUUGCUGUGGUCCCUGAAAUUUACAAAUAUUUAUUUCCUAUACGUCAAGAGGAAAGGGGGCCCCCCUUUCAUAGAAUGCGGCAACAUGGGUCUCUUUGACCGCGGAGUUCAGAUGUUGCUGACCACUGUGGGCGCCUUCGCUGCCUUCAGUCUCAUGACCAUCGCGGUCGGCACGGACUACUGGCUCUAUUCAAGAGGAGUGUGCAAAAUAAAGACUAACAACGAGAAUGAAACCAGUAAGAAAAAUGAAGAAGUGAUGACGCACUCCGGGCUGUGGAGAACCUGCUGUUUAGAAGGGAAUUUUAAAGGGCUGUGUAAACAGAUUGAUCACUUUCCUGAGGAUGCAGACUAUGAAGCAGACGCAGGAGAGUAUUUCCUUCGAGCGGUGAGAGCAUCCAGUAUAUUCCCUAUCCUUAGCGUGAUCCUGCUCUUCAUGGGAGGUCUGUGUAUUGCCGCCAGUGAGUUCUACAAAUCCCGUCACAACAUCAUCCUCAGUGCAGGGAUCCUCUUUGUGUCUGCAGGCCUGAGCAACAUAAUCGGCAUGAUCGUGUACAUAUCAGCAAACGCCGGAGACCCCACCAAGAGUGACUCGAAAAAGAACAGCUACUCCUACGGCUGGAGUUUCUACUUCGGCGCCCUGUCCUUCAUCAUGGCCGAAAUGGUGGGCGUCCUGGCCGUGCACAUGUUUAUCGACCGGCACCGUGAACUCCGAGCUGUCAACGCCCGGGCUGGCAGGGGCAUGGCCACGGGAAACGCGGACUACCUGCACGGCUCCGCGAUCACGCGCAUCCCCAGCUACCGUUACCGCUACCGGCGCCGCUCGCGCUCCUCCAGUCGCUCGACGGAGCCGUCACAGUCGCGCGACACCUCUCCGCUAGGUCUGAAGGGCUUCGGGGCUCUGCCCUCCACCGACAUCUCCAUGUACACGCUGAGCCGUGGCGGAGGAGACACGCUGAAAGCCACGCCUCCGACCACCUACAACUCAGAGAGGGACCAUAACUUUCUGCAGGUCCACAACUGCAUCCCGAAGGAUGCCAAGGACUCUCACAGCAACGCUGCCAACCGCCGCACCACACCUGUAUGAGCAACCUCUACUGGCAGGGAGGGAAACGGACUAAGUAACACAGGCCAUGAAUAAGAGAGUGAAUGAAUGAAUGAGUGAGAGAAACUGAACGAGGAUAAACGCCGGGGGGAAAACGGACAAAUGAAAGUGCUCUCUGAGUUGUGAGCUAUUUACAACAAUGAAGAUGACUUACGAUGAGUUUCCAUGUUGAAAAAAAAGUGAAAAAGUGAAAAAUGCCUAAAAAAAGAGAUCAAGAAAAUGCAUGAUUUUCCCAUCUACAGUAAUUUAACGAGUUUUAAACCAUGUUUCUAAUGAAGAGAAGUGAGAAAUGGGGAGAAAACCCAGAGAGAGAGAGACAGACAGAGAGACAUAGACAGAUAGUGACGGUGGGCGAGAGGGCGUAAAAAUCAUUGUGAGUUUAAAGGCUCGAGGUUUUUUAUUUUUUUCAACUCUCUUCUCGGUCUCCAGGGCGACCUGUGAACCCGCCCCACCUCCCCGCCCACCUCUCUUUACUUCCUGUAUGUAUCCCAUCUCAUUCUUUUUGCGCAUUAAUACUGUGAAGCGUUGUGGCCGAGGUGCACCCAGGGCAAAAAAGACAAAACAUGCGUCCCGGCCACAACUUAUUAAGUUAAUAUAUGUAUUAAUUAUAUAUGAAUAUAUAAAUAUAUAUGUUAAUAAACCAACAGAUAGACUUCCCUGACGUGAGAAGAAGGACAAAAAAAAUUAGAAAUUGAACAACAGUCAAUAAAGUCGUCAUGGAAACAGAAA